AUGGAGAAAGAUAUGGAAGAAAAAUGCAAUGAGAUGCAAGAGGAACAUGAUAAUAAAAUGAGGGAGAUUCAAGGAUUUCACAUAAUACAAGUGAAUAACCUGGAAGAACAGUAUAAGAAAGAGUUGCGGAAUGAGAGGGCAACUGCACAAGAAAAAUUGGCUACAAUGCAGAAGGAGUACAAAUACCUGAAGAAUACAUUUCGUAUGUACCAGGAUAGCAUUUCUGAUGAAAUGGAAGAAAAAUGGCUGAGAAGACAGGCUGAAUGGAAAAAAAGUGAGAGGACUGAGCGAGAAAAGGCAUUAUUACAACAAAAGCAAUCUUUAACAAAGAGAUAUGAGAUGGAAUUAGAGGAGCAGAAGAAGAUUAUUCAGAAUAACAGUUUUUUGCUCGGCAGAGUUUAUGAACAAGAGAGAGAAGAAUUUCAGAAACAGCAACAAAUUGCCUUGGAAAAUAUAGAAGUGUUAAAUGCCAAAAUCAAGGCAUUGGAGAAUGAAUUGAAUGAGAAGAACGAAUCUCUUAAUGCUAUUGCUUCAUCUCUUCACAAAACAGAGUUGGAACUUCAGAAGGAGAAAGCCAAAAUGGCAGACAUGGAGAGAUCUUUCCAACAAAAAGCAGUAGCUGUUGAAGAGAAAUAUCGAAUUAAUAUAGCUUCUUUGUCAGAAGAAAACAACAUUUUGAGGCACAAGCUUAUUGAGAAGAAUGAAGAGAUAUUUAAUGAACGUGCCCAAAAAAGUAGUAUUUUUGGAUUGUUUGAUUAGAACUAUGCAUGAAGAAUUGGCUUAUGGGAGAUUGUGUGAAGCUAUUUCUUCAGAACAGGCUGAAGCUGGAACACCAGAAGUGUCAAAGGAUUACUUACAUAUAUGUAUCAUUAUGUUUUUUAUUUUAUUUUUAUCAGCUACACCUAAUAGUUUCGUGCCGUGUUUUCUUCCCUUACUAGCUUAGAAAUAAAAUAAAUGUUUCUUAGCCAGAUGGUGGACAUGUUAUAACAUACAUUAUACCAAAAGGGCAUAACUUGGUCCUGUAGAUUAAAAUCCAUAUUUAAAUGACUACAAACUGUCAAA